UUAAUUUUGUCAGCAGUAAAAUGAGAAAUGUAUUUUUUAGGAAUGGGAAAUGUAGUUCAUUUCAUUGCUUGAUCUUGCCAGGUUUAGAAAGAAGUGUUUGCAGUUCAACACCAUGAAACGAAGUAAGCCUCUUCUUCCUGUGAAAAGUGCUUCGGGCUGGGAAUAUCGUACAGCCGCUGUCAGUCAAGAAGACGAGGAGGAGGAGGAAGAAGAGGAGACUCUGUCAGAGGAUGGCGAGUCCACGAUUGUCCCAACAGUCUCUGAAUCUACUCCGUCAGAGACCUAUAUUCAACGUGUGGCCAGGGGACAAAAGACUUUGGCUGCGAAGAAAGCAGAAAUUGCCAGUAUUUGCUGCUCCAUUGUCCAGAAUCCCUCAGAGCACUAUAGUAAACUCAAGUUCUUGAGAAAUCUGUGCUCAGAGACAGACCAUCGGUGUGCAGUUAAUGUAAGGAGGUUUGCCCUUAUAUCUGCAGCGAAUGUCUUCAAAGACAUUGCUCCUGGUUAUUACAUUCGUGAGCUUACUGCUGAGGAGAAAUCUGUGAAAGUUGCUAAGGACACCAGAGAGCUGAGAGACUUUGAACAAGGCCUGGUCUCCAACUAUACUCACUACGUUGGCUUGCUGGAGCGGUAUGUUCAAGCUGUGGUAGGGCCUAAGAAUGCAAGCUACUCAUCAUUGAAGAUGCUUUCAGACGGACAGGAAAUCAACGAGGCAGGUCUGGAGCUGCUAGCGGUGACUGCCACCAAGUGUAUGUGCACACUGUUGUCAAACUUGCACCACUUCAACUGCAGCAAGCAACUGGUACAUGCUAUUGUUCCCCGGUUGGAUAGCAAGCAGUGUAAUGGUGAACUGGCGGAAGUGUGCGUAGGUAUGCUCAAAGACAUGUUCAAGCAGCGGGGUGCAUCUGAGAUCACAGUUGAGGCAGUCAAAACCAUCAACCAGAUUGCCAAGACCCGACGGGAUGGUCGCCUUGGGACGAACUUUGUUGAAGUCUUGUUGUGCUUCCGAGUUGGCGACUUGGCAGAAGGUAGUGCAGCAGCCAUCACUGCAAGAAAUGAAGACAAGCAGCGUGAAAAAGAAGCCAGGUCUCGUCUAUCUCGUAAAGAGAAGAAAAACCUGAAGGCAGCGAAGAAGCUCGACCGGGAAAUGUUGGAGGCGCAAGCAACGGAAAGCCGCGACAAGCGUGUGAGGCUGCAGACAGAGAUGUUGAAGCUUCUUUUCAGUGUGUUCUUCCGCAUCUUGAAACGUGCUCCUCACCAGCAUCUGUUGCCAUUUGUGUUAGAGGGCUUGGCCAAGUAUGCCCAUCUGAUCAGUGUGGAUUUUUUUGUUGAUUUAUUCAAAGCCCUGGACAGCAUAUUGGCUAUGCCAAGCCUUACCACCCGCCAGCGCUUGCACUGUGUGCAGACGGCAUUCAAAGUUCUGAGUGGCCAGGGAGAAGCUUUGACCAUUGAUCCACGUCAAUUUUAUUGUCACCUGUACCAGUGUCUUGUGGAGCUGUGCUCCACAGACGGCCAGGUGGAAGUGCCGCUCGCCACGGAAUGCCUAGAGAUGAUGUUACGCAAGCGACGCCAGGUGUCCGUGCAGCGUGUCCUAGGCUUUGUAAAGCGUCUGGCCACUGUCAGCCUUCAUCAGGAUGCCCCAGUUGCUUCUGUUGCCCUGUUGGACGAGGUGCGUGCCUUCAUGCGCCUGUAUAGCUGUGUUGGUGGUCUGUUGGAUUCUGAUAUCGUCACAUCCGGUGUCUUCCAACCUGAAGUUUCUGACCCAGAAUUUAGCCAUGCCAAUUGCACAUCACUAUGGGAGUUGUCUUUGCUCGGUCAACAUUAUGAUGGCAACGUCAGAAAGUCUGCAACUCAACUUGCUAGCGGCAGUUAGCUAUGUGAACACCUAAUCAUUGUCGCCUUUGACUGUAUAUUCACGUUCCAUGAAAUCUGCCUCAUGAAAUACAUAAUACAGGUGUUUUGUUCUUGAGAUUUUUAGUACUUGUAGGUUCGGAUUAUCCGUUUUGUCCAAGACCCAUUUUUUCAUGGAUUUUCAUGAAUGGUGCUGCGAUAGGCUGCGCUAAGCAUAUUGAGAUCUUGGGUUUAUUUUAAUUUUAUUUCAAAUUCAAGAUGAUGACUUUGGGUCUGUGUUCCUGUCGGACAUUGUGGCAAGCAAUGUAUAGAUGUUGUGAA